AUCGCAUAGGCGGCGCUACCGGUCGUCUCGCGGCCACUUUUUCAAACGCCAAUACGCGCUGUCCAAAUACCAUCAAAACCCGCAAGUUUCGCGUAAAAAGUGAUCCGCAGCAACGGUUAUCAGUGCGUCUCUCGAAAAAAAAACACACCGGUGAAGCAAGGGAAAAACAGCGAGAAAAAUGGCAAACUUGAUGACGGUGCGCUUGAACAAGGCGGAUUCCCCGAACUGGGGGUUCAGAUUGCAGGGAGGAAAGGAUUUCGGGACACCUUUAGUUAUCCAGAAAGUAAACGGCGGAUCACCAGCAGAACGCGCUGGACUAAUAGCAGGAGACUCAGUAAUUAAGAUAAAUAAUGUAGAUGUAUAUAAUUUAUUGCACAAAGAAGCACAAGAUGUCAUUGUAAGGUCGGGAUUAAAUUUCGAUAUGGUCAUUCAAAGAGGUGGUUCGACGUGGAAGCCUGCGGUCAUCCCGACCGGACAAGUACCUAAACCGAAUCCAGCAGUAUCCAAACUCAGUCCUGUCACGAAGACAUCGCUAGCGGCGCAACCCGGUGAGAACAUCGGGGCUAUCGGAACUGGACACAACUUGUCGGCCAAGCCUUUUGCUCCUCAGGUCAACGGUGCUGUUAAUGGUAACUCCAACAAACUAAUAAAUAAACAAUACAACACUCCAAUAAAACUAUAUUCGGAAGACGCGAUAGCAGAAACUCUUUCGGCUCAAACAGAAGUUUUAUCAACAGGUGCAUUAGGUGUUAAUUUUAAGAAAAAUGAAAAAGACUACGAUGCAACUAACAGUGCCGUCUACCGUAUGCUCAAAGAAGCAGAGAAUGAUCCGGAACAAUCAGUAAAUGAUUCAGUAAAUCGUACUCAAAACUUUGCGAAUUACAACCACCCACUGGCCGAAAGAAAACCGAACUGUCAUCCUACUAGUCCUACGCCGACGGCGUCGUCUGACAGCUGUCAAAAACCCCUUGAGAACGCCACGAUUUGCACAGAUUGCGAAAGAGUAAUCGUAGGUGUUUUUGUAAGAAUCAAAGACAAGAAUUUGCACGUUGAGUGCUUCAAGUGUGCCACUUGCGGUACUUCUUUGAAAAACGUUGGGUACUACAAUAUUAAUAAUAAACUUUAUUGUGAUAUUCAUGCCAAGUCAGCAGCAAUUGCAAUAAACAAUCCUGCAGCCGUUCCUGUUACUAUUCCUCCUGGUGGUAAAGCUCCUGUAAGUGCUAUCUCAGCUGCACUUUCGAGUCACUCCUUGCCAUCACCAUCUCCGUUAUCUCCAAAACUACCAACUUACGCUCCAUCAUAUCCCCCACCUGCGGAAGAACCAAUAGCCACACCUCCAGCUGACGUAGCUUCGAAGCCUUUCGCACCAUCACCGCAGUUAAAUUCUACAGCUCCAUCUAGCGAACCUAACCCUAACAUUUCCAGUAACACAUCUCUGUAUAAUCCUUCCGCUCCUCUAUCUUUCAGUAAAUUUAUUAACAAGUCGGCAGCCUCAUCUGGACCCAAACCGUUCUCCAGUGUCAGUGCUCCACUCUCUCCUGGAGGCACUUUACCCAGAGCUGCACCUCUAUCUCCACAGAGCAACUUUAACAGAGCUCCUCUAUCUCCACCAUCUGCACCAUCUUACAGUUCUUACAGUCCUGCCUCAACAGCUGGGCGCAGCACUAGCAUUGUUUGGCCUCCCCAGCAAGACUCCGACCUCCCCACAGCUUGUCCCUUAUUUUACCCUCCUCCCUCCAAAGUUGAGACUGAACUUGUAGAGAAAAGAAAAAAACAAUCAAAGUUUGAAAGCGAGUACUUCAGCGAAGAGCUCGAAGACGUCAAUAUGGACGAAACUACUUCGUUUUACUCCGAAGAAUUAUGUUUCUCAGGUAGAAGAAGCGCUGUGGAGUGCGUAGAAUUACUCUCUGAUACUUUAGACACGCAAAAACUUGUAGAAAAUGUGAUAAAGUCUUCUCCGAUGCUUGCUACUCCGUCUCUAGAUAUCGGUAAGAAAGUCGAAACUUGCAAGGAGACUUGCACCAAAGCCAGAUGUAUAGAAAAUAUAGAAGCUUGCGAAUUGAGAAGACCGACACAAUAUACACCCAAUACUAUCGAAUUUCAAAAUGUAAACAGAGUACAGAACACCGUUUCUCAAAGAUGGGAAUCGUCUCUAACACAGGCUGUCCGUACUACUGCUCCAGAUUCUGACACAUUUGUCCGAAUUCCUUCAAGAGGAGCACCCAGUCCUAUGAGAUCAGCUCUAACAAUCGCACCAGCACAACCUUUCAAUCCUCAAAGUCAAAGCAUCUUAGAUCCAGUUCCCCUUCCUGAACAGACCGAACCGUAUUUUCCUCCAGAACAUCCAAUCCUUCCUGUAAAAAAGGAGGAGGAACCAAAAAAGUUGGAAAAACCACCGAUAUCCAAACCAAAAAGUCCUUUUACGAAAGCUCUAGAAAUUGCACCGGACAGGCCAUUUACUCCGGCUGGUGGAGUACCGUUAACACCGCCACCGGUUAAGAAAAAGCCUAAAGAUGCUUUGGAUAAACUUCUAGAUGAACUCCCUAGACCUGGCGAGAAGCUUGAUAUGAGAUCUGCUCUAACAACAGCACCUGACAGAUCCUAUACGCCAUUAUCAACCGAAUAUAGUAGUACUUCAGAAGAAACCAAAAGUAUGAAAGAAAGCGCAUACAAUAUCGAUAGAUCUCACCUCGUGAAGCCUUUAAAACCUGAAGAAUUGCCUCAAUCGUUUAAAAUGAACACACAGGAGCCGAAGCCUCCUAGUUAUUACGCUCCGGCAGUUAUCGAAGAGAGAAUUAAAUCAGAAACGGAAUUGGAAGAAAUGCGUAAAGCAACUAAAAGCAAAGAAACAAGAAUAAUCGAAGAAGAAACCAUGCAACCUGGUCAGAUCACUCAGCAAAUUAUAACCCAAGAAGCACAAUCAAACCCAGGCACUUUUGCACCUUUAUUUCAAGGAUUCUCUUGCUCGUUUAAGAACAAGACCGAUCAUUCACAGUUUUCUAUAGAAGUUUGCACCACCCCGCCGGUUCCAACUCCUCCUCCAAAACCACAAACACCUAUUUCUUAUAUUGCAACAGUCGAAGAGAGACCAGCAAAGAUUACUAAGCAAAAAAUUAUUGAAGAAAAGUCUGGAUCAGAGGAAAUGAUGAAACGACAAGAAAAAACGAGCAUGGAAACUAAACAACAAUAUAUACAAAAGAGAGAUGUGCAAAAACAAGAUGUACAGAAGCAAGCUGAAGAAGUUAUUCAAGUUAAACCAUUGCCAGUUACUACGUUGUUACAUAAGCCUGAGACACUUCCCAGUUAUCAGAUGGAUUUAAAAGCUACAGCUGAGGCGGAUUUGAUCUUAAUGGAGAAACGCCAGAAAGCUCAGCAGAGAUUGGAAGAGCAGAAGAGAGAGCGCGAACAGCAGAAGAUUGCUGAAGUCUCCACUACACAGAAAACGGUUCAAGGAAUUUCCAUCCAACAAGAGGCUUUGCCUCCAAAACCUAUUAUUAACAUAGACCCGAGUGAAGCUAUGAACCCAUCACCCUCAGUUCACUUUCAACCCGUUUCUGAAAAACCACCCAGUACUACAUUUUCUCCUAGACCCAGAUCGAUUACUCCGAGCAUGAUCAACAAAGCUCCACCUCUACUUCCUUAUUACCAGGACAAUUUGGUAGCGCAAUUUCACUCUGCUGUCGGAUCAAACGUUUUGGAUCCUACUACUCCGGAAAUCUCCAGAUCCCCCAGUCCUCAUCCUGAAGCGCGCAGUCGUAGUCCUUCGCCGUUCCCUUCGAGAAGACAGGAACGAGCUAAAUCCCCUGCUGAAGGACCUCCUCCCAAUCCGUUACAAUCUUCCAGACCUCUUCCUACACCUCAAGAUUUUAAAAUACAACAAGCAAAAGAAAACGUUAAGACAUAUUUAUCAGGUUAUAAGAGUCAUGAGGAAGUUUCAGGACAUGCAGCUGAUAUUAGUCAAGUCAGUCAGAACGUUGCUUAUCCAUUAUCGAGUGCUCAAGCGUGUGUGCAGACUGGUAAAGUUCAACAACAGGUAGAUAGCUGCGAGAAACAGCGUUUGCAAAUAACUGACGCUCAAAAGCAGGAAUGUCAAGUUGCUAAAAGUUCAGACAGGAUAUCGACGACAAAUAUAUCUGAGAAGUCUCACCAAGAACAACUAGCUGCAGAACGGCAUUCUCAAUCACAGACCGUUGAAAGAUCUGCUGACGGGAUAACUCAGGUUCAAAGAAAGAAAAUUGUAACUGAAGAAUAUGAGAAGAGUCAUAAAGAAACUAAUAUUCAAAUCGAGAAAAACGUUACUUCAGUAAACCGGAGGCCUUUUUCAAAAGUUAAUGUUCCUUUAGUCGAAGGACCCACUGCUCAAUCAUUUCACGUUACCAAUCCUCGACAUUUGUCUUUUGAAUCUAAAGAACUACUCAUGUCUCAGCAAGAGUCUGAGAAGCUUAACACUCAAAACACCUUGCAAGAAGCAUCUCAAAAGUUAUCGUGUCAAAAUUCAGAUACCAAUCAAAACCAGUCAUCUCGAAUUCCUUCCAGUUGUCCUGUUCAACCUCCUGUCCGUCAUGUUUAUCCUCCCGGGUCACUUGCUUCUAUUAAGCACGUGCAGCCGCCAUGUGCUAGCCAAAAACCUAGUCAAAACGUUACCAAACCCAAUGUUCCUAAACCCACUGUAGGUUCUGGCAAAGGAAGACAAGCGGGUGGUAUCAAGGUGGCGCCUAACAGGGGCAGAGGGGUGCUGAACACUGGAUCGUUGAGUGGUCCCAGGGUACCAUUGUGCGGACAUUGUCACGGUCAGAUAAGGGGACCGUUCAUUACCGCUUUAGGAAAAAUUUGGUGCCCUCAACACUUCGUCUGCGCAACUCCUUCCUGUAAACGCUCACUGCAAGACCUAGGAUUUGUAGAGGAACAAGGACAGUUGUACUGCGAGUACUGUUUUGAACAGUACCUCGCACCACCCUGUUCAAAAUGUAACGCUAAAAUUAAAACUGAUUGUUUGAAAGCCAUCGGAAAGAACUUCCACCCCGAAUGCUUCAACUGCUACUACUGUGGUAAACUAUUCGGCAACGCAGCGUUCUUCUUAGAAGAUGGUAAUCCGUAUUGCGAAAAUGACUGGAAUGAACUUUUUACGACAAAAUGUUUUGCCUGUGGUUUCCCGGUAGAAGCAGGCGAUCGCUGGGUUGAGGCUUUGAACAACAAUUAUCACAGUCAGUGCUUCAAUUGUACGAUGUGCAAGAAGAACUUAGAAGGACAAAGUUUCUUCGCCAAAGGAGGACGUCCGUUCUGCAAAAACCACGCACGCUAACCACUGAUUAACUAUUUCUACAACCACAGGGUGGUUUUUUACAUUAGUCCAAUAAAUUAUACAGUUCCGAUAACAGCAUUAAGAUAUAUGGUUUAAUUAUUUAAUUAGAUACAGUAAAAAAUACCCCAUUAGUUAUUGAAAUAUUAUUUAUUUGAUUUAACCAUAUGUCUCUUAUACUAUUAUUUGUUCUGUAUAAAAAAUAACAUGAUGUAUGUACACUUGCACAUAUAAGCAUGAGCACUGAACCACCCUAGUUACCAUUAAUUUAUUUUUUCCUUGCUUAUACAAUUUUUGAAAGGCCAUGUCUUGCUUAAUUAUUUUUAGUUCAAGUUAAGUCAAUUAAUUUAUGUUAAAAUGUAAAAUGUCAUUUAAAUUGUAUUUGUGGUAGUUUGUACAAAACAAAAAUAAGAACCUCUUUAAUAAUGUUUUUUUCCAACACUGAUUCAACUAUUUACUUUCGUAAAUACAAAAAUAACGAAUCAGAAUGGUACAUGAUGUUUUGUAAGGUUUUGUCUUACAUUAAAGUGUAAUUGUGUAAAUUUAUGUUGAAUUUUUGAUUCUCUUUCGUGGGAAAUAAUAAAAAUGCAAUGAUAUUUAAUAAAUGAUUAAUUUACGUACUGUUUCUGUCUCAGUCUCUCUGCACUGUUAUAUGUAUAAAGUUUAUAUGUUUUCAUUAAAGGUAACAAGAGAGAGAAAUGUAUUUAUUAAGUUAAAUAAAAGUUUAUUUUCUAUUUUUCUUGAAAAGUGUCAAUUUAUAAAUGAAGCACGGGCUUUAUAAAGUUAAAAUAGUGUUUCUGAUAUAAACUAACUAAUUUUCAAUUUGUUUAUUCCUUUGAUUAUUGUAGAUAUGUUAAUAUCUAAUGUUACUUUUAAUUGUUUCUUGAUACGUCAAGUUGUGCCAUGAUAUUUAGUGUAGGAGGAUUGUUAGACAGCAUAUGUAAUAUUUACCAUGUAUAAAUAAAUGACUAAGAUUAAG